GGAAGGGGGGGAGGGUUCCGAUCAGCGGGAGUUCCACCUUAGGGUGGAGCUCCGCUUUAAACAUGCAAAUAAAUCAGAGAUGCUCUUCCCUGACUCAUCAAUGGAAAUGUGGAGAUCUGCAUUCUACCCUCUGAGAUUGCAAGAGAUGUCCCAUCAUCCCCCCCCCCCAGCACAUCGUGGCCCCUGGGAAGAGCUGGUCGGUGAGCAGUGAGCAAUUGAGAGUGAAUGACAGAGGCCAGUUCAGAGGGCGCAACACCCAGGAUUCCCCCAGCCCUGCACAGAGGCACACAGACCGCCUGCACUCAGAGACCGCCUGCACUCAGCGGCAGCACGCAGACCGCCUGCACUCAGCAGCACACACAGACCGCCUGCACUCAGCGGCAGCACACAGACCGCCUGCACUCAGCAGCACUACACAGACCGCCUGCACUCAGCGGCAGCACGCAGACCGCCUUCACUCAGCGGCAGCACGCAGACCGCCUGCACUCAGCGGCAGCACGCAGACCGCCUGCACUCAGCGGCAGCACGCAGACCGCCUGCACUCAUCGGCAGCACGCAGACCGCCUGCACUCAGCGGCAGCACACAGACCGCCUGCACUCAGAGACCGCCUGCACUCAGCGGUAGCACGCAGACCGCCUGCACUCAGCAGCACUACACAGACCGCCUGCACUCAGCAGCAGCACACAAACCUCUUGCACUCAGCAACAGCACACAGACCGCCUGCACUCAGCGGCAGCACACAGACCGCCUGCACUCAGCGGCAGCACACAGACCGCCUGCACUCAGCGGCAGCACACAGACCGCCUGCACUCAGCAGCACUACACAGACCGCCUGCACUCAGCAGCAGCACACAAACCUCUUGCACUCAGCAGCAGCACACAGACCGCCUGCACUCAGCGGCAGCACACAGACCGCCUGCACUCAGCGGCAGCACACAGACCGCCUGCACUCAGCGGCAGCACACAGACCGCCUGCACUCAGUGGCAGCACACAGACCGCCUGCACUCAGCAGCAGCACACAGACCUCCUGCACUCAGCGGCAGCACACAGACCUCCUUCACUCAGCGGCAGCACACAGACCGCCUGCACUCAGCGGCAGCACACAGACCGCCUGCACUCAGCGGCAGCACACAGACCGCCUGCACUCAGCAGCAGCACACAGACCUCCUGCACUCAGCGGCAGCACACAGACCUCCUUCACUCAGCGGCAGCACACAGACCGCCUGCACUCAGCAGCAGCAGCACCACACAGACUGCCUGCACUCAGCAGCAGCACACAGAACUCCUGCACUCAGCGGCAGCACACAGACCUCCUGCACUCAGCAGCAGCACACAGACCUCCUGCACUCAGCGGCAGCACACAGACCUCCUUCACUCAGUGGCAGCACACAGACCGCCUGCACUCAGCAGCAGCAGCACCACACAGACUGCCUGCACUCAGCAGCAGCACACAGAACUCCUGCACUCAGCGGCAGCACACAGACCUCCUGCACUCAGCAACAGCACACAGACCUCCUGCACUCAGCAGCAGCACACAGACCUCCUGCACUCAGCGGCAGCACACAGACCUCCUUCACUCAGUGGCAGCACACAGACCACCUGCACUCAGCAGCAGCAGCACCACACAGACCGCCUGCACUCAGCAGCAGCACACAGACCUCCUGCACUCAGCGGCAGCACACAGACCGCCUGCACUCAGCAGCAGCAAAAAAAUACAAAUGUGUAAAGAGAAAUCUAUGUAUAUUCUUAGAAUAAUUAUUUUUAUUUCCAUGCUGGUUGCAGGCUGAAGGACAAAGUCGCUGGUGUGGUGAUGGUAUGACGGCGAUUUUUGACACAGAUAUGGGCUGUAUAACGUUUGCAGUCGGCUUCCUGGUGGUCCUAUUUCAUGUUGGAUCUACAAAUGAUCAGUCAGUCGAUCGUUAUUGUGAAUCCUUCAGCUGUUCCAACUUCUCCAACCAAACUCUUGUGAUCAGGAAAGAUCUCACGGCCGAUCCUUUCUGCAUAAUCCAUAAGAACACGCCGAUCGGGGAAGACGUGCGCUGCGGUCCCACAGCCGUCGCCGUGUUGCUGAGCUCCUCCUAUGUCCUGGUGCAGAGUCCGGAGAGGAUGAUUUCCAGGUUGAUAUUGGAAUACGGGAGAGACCACGAGACGGGGGAGACCUGCUAUUCAGAGGAGGAGGGUGCGGUGACAAUAAUUCCCGGAGAAUAUAGAUGUACCGUUCCGGGAGAACGCUCGUAAUCCAAAGCCCUCUCA